AUAAUAAUAAUGUCAAUGGUACCACUGUAGUAUACAGUGCGUUUGCAGUAGUAGUUGUAACGCGAUGACACUGCGUAUACAGCACGCUGUAGAUAAUAAUAGUAGCGCGUGACCACGAGCGCCAAUAGCAUAUCAUUUAUUAUGACUUCCUCUGUUCGCCGAGAGAACGCGCCGGUUUUGCGCAUGCGGACUGACGGCUGUUCGCUCGCCAAGGCUCUACAGUCUAUUUCCCCCUCCAAGAUGCCUGGUCGUCACGUCCUCCCACCGGGAGCUAUGGGUAGGUGACGCGAGAGGCGUUUUCUCUCGGCGAACGGAGUAUACGUAUAUAAAUAACUUUUAAUAUGCCCGUGCAGAAAUUGUGCUGUUAUAUAAAAUAACAGAACAAAUCCACAAUAAUAAUAAAUAUAUAUGUUAGACAUCCGGCGUGUGCAAAAGCGUGUGACAAUCUCACGCUUGGCCUAACCGCAAGACGCCCGUGUACGGUUGUCCAAAACUAUAGGAGGGAUAGGGACUGACCCUACGAGAUACGCUGAUGGACAAGCGUUCAUCAGACGAGCAACCAGCCACCAUCAGAGCGGUCACUAAAGCUUAAAGUCACAACUCGCUAUAGCUACACAGUUUAAAUUAAAUUAGUUAAUUGGACAAUAAACUCGUAUAAUAUAAUACCAUCAUCAUUGUAAAUUAUUUCAAAACACCUUUCAUUUCAAAUAGAACGAGUUAAGCACGUUACAAAUGUAUAAAAAAUACCCCAAGUCCACAUGGUUUGUCGUUGUAAAUGAAUUUUGUGAACGAUUUACCUACUUUGGAUUCAAAACCGUUUUGAUUUUAUACUUGACAAGAAUAUUGCAGUUCAAUGGUGACGAGUCAACGAUAAUAUAUCACAGUUUCAUAUUUCUUGCGUGUUUCAUGGCAGUGCCAUGUGCGAUCUUGGGAGACUCUUAUUGGGGAAAAUUCAAAGCAUUAACUUGUUUGUCAUUUGUCUACGUUUUGGGAUGCGUAGUGCUCACCAGCGCAUCAAUUGCAGAUAUGUUCAGCCUCGACGUUCAAAAAAUCCUUGCUUUCCUCGGGUUAUUUUUGAUAUUCGUUGGUACGGGAGGAGUAAAACCGUGCAUUUUUGCAUUCGGUGGAGAUCAAUUUCAAUUGCCUCAACAAGAAAAACAUAUACAACACUUCGCUACCAUGUUCACGUUGGCCAUAUACACUGGAUCGUUGAUCUCGACGUGUUUGAUGCCCGAGUUGAGACACAGCAUACAUUGUUUUGGGAGAGACACGUGCUUUCCGCUGGCUUUCGGUGUUCUGACCUUUAUGAUGUUGACUGCCUUAGUAAUUCUCCUAUCUGGAAAAAACAUGUAUGUGAAGAAAAAACCAGAAAAUAACAUCUUAACCAGGACAUUCGGUUGUAUUUUUUACGCACUGAGAACGAAGAUUACUUCGGCUGCUCCAUGCAAAACCCACUGGUUAGAUAACGCAAAGGGAAAGUUCACAGAAUCAGAGAUAUCAGACACAAGAUCUAUCCUAGAUGUGAUUUGCGUAUUCACAGCGUAUCCUAUUUUUUGGUCACUGUACGAACAACCGGGUUCAAGGUGGACAUUACAAGCCACGCUGAUGAAUGGUCGCCUGGACUUCUUAAACUGGACAAUCAAACCAGAUCAAAUCCAGAUGUUAGUACCAUUAUUUGGAAUAAUCGUGCUCGUCCUCUUUGACAAAGUUUUGUAUCCGAUGUUUGCGGCGAUAGGCAUCCGUAAACCUUUACAAAUACUCACCUUUUGCGGUGUCCUGGCGGUCAUAGCAUUUGUGUUCGCGGCCCUUCUGCAAUUUAAAAUAGUUGGCAAUACAACUGAGAUACCAUCUGGCCAAGGACGGAUAUACAUCUAUAACGGAUUCGAUUGCCACGUGUUCGUGAAAUCAAAGUCGUUACACAUACAACAUCAAAUCGGUCCACUUGAUAUGUUCAACGUCAGUCAUUCAGUCGUUUCUCAGAAUGUCUCAGGAGACGUCGCGGUCGUCGGAAUCACAAUAGGUUUCGAAUCAAAGUGCAGUUUUGUGUCAGACAACUACGAGUUCAAUACCACUCUAACAAUAAUCGAAGGAAAAGAGAUUUCUUAUCAUUUGACCCGACUAAAUCCAAAUAUGAUUGCAUUAAAUCGUGUUGGUAUUCAUGACAGUUUAGUCAAAGAAAAGUUUGGGAACCCAAAUUAAGAAUUUUGAUCGAUCACACUUUUGAUUUCAACGAUAAUAUUACAUUGAACAAUGUAGAUCACAACUCGUUUACUUCAUACCCUCUAUCAUCGUUUCGUGGGAUGAACUU